AUAAUAAUAUUAGUUUAGAUUUUUAUUUGAAAUUCAGUUUAGUUUUAGUCAGUUUUCUGACUUGAUUUACUGGUUAUUUACUUUGAUAAACAUUUUUAUUGUUUAAUUUUUAUGUAUUAAUUACUGUUUGGAAGAGAAAGUAGCUGUGGGAGUCUAGGAGACAUUUGUGUUGUAGGCUUAUAGUUUGUUUUUUGGAAUGUCACUUCUUGCCACUGGGGGGCAGUAAUGCAUAAGGAGAUGGGACCAUAGACUUGGAUUCACAACUCAUCUCUGUGUCAUGAGGGUUUCUGUGAGAGCAUUGGCAGCACCGUUGAGGACAUCUAUAUCUUGGGAUAGUACAUGUUCUUCUUCAAGAGUAAAAUUCAUUGGCUGCUUCCUUCAUACAACCAGGUCAUCAGGAGGGAUCAGCCAAUACACUUGGAAGUCCUACCCAAACUUCCUGAGAACUGGACCGACACGAGGGAGACUGUUGUAGAUGGCAUGACCUUUAACCUCCGCCACCUAGGCAUGACCCUGGUGGACCAGGCCAAAGGAGAGGACCUAUCAGCAGCUGCUGUCAAGAGGAUCGUUGCCACGGCCAAAGCGGGAGGUAAGAAGCCUCAGAAGGUGUCUCUGAAGGUUUCUCCUCAGGGUAUAAUGCUCUACGAUAGUCUGACCAACCAGCUGCUAGACAACAUCUCCAUAUACAGGAUAUCCUACUGCACGGCAGACAAGCUGCACGACAAGGUGUUUGCCUACAUUUCCCAGAACACCCUCAACGGAACACUGGAGUGCCACGCCUACCUCUGCUCCAAGAGGAAGGUGGCCCAGGCAGUGACUCUGACUGUAGCACAAGCCUUUAGAGUGGCCUUUGAGUUCUGGCAGGUUGCCAAAGAAGAGAAGAGGGUGAAGUCUGGCUCGGCUGGAGAAGCAACCGGCAGCUCCCAAUUAGAAGGAUCCAACAGCCUGGCUAGUCUGAAAGGAGAAGAUGUUGCCAUGGGUAACCUACUGGACCUGGAGGAACGGACUCAUGUUGCCGUGGUUCUGGAAACCAAUGGCAACGAGGAGUUACAGGUGGACGACCACACUGCUCCCGAGAACAUUGAUUACAACAACACUGUCUGGGAAAUUGAGGAAGACUUGGAUGAGGCUUUUUCUAGACUGGCGGUGUCCCGUACUAACCCCCAGGUCCUGGACGUUGGGGUGACCCCCCAGGAUUGGCUGACAGAACCUGACUUGGCCAAUGGGAACACAUGCAACCAGAACACCACCAAUGGAGAUGACUUCUUAUUUCUCUUCUGAUUGGCUACCGGAGGCUCUUUGGCCUAAUCCCAAAUCAACCCCUAGGCCCUACGCUGGAGCUACAGUAUACCAUAUUUGUGUCCUCCUCUCAGGUCUGCACAAAUGCAUAGGUCUAGGGCUCAAUUUGAGAUGGGGGGGGCCCAUAGAGGUGUUGACUUUGGCUCCCUUCCAAACCAGUCCCUUGCCUCUGUCCUGAUUCCCAAGUUGACUCCCUCCCCCCUUAUAGAUCUGAAUGGACUGCAUAGGUUGAGAGCUUUCGGUUGAAAUUCUGUCAUUGCUUUUUUUUUCUUUUUUUGAAGUUUCAACCAAGUUUUUAAAGAUCUACAUGGGGCCGCCAGGAAGAAUCUAUGGGUAGAGUCUAGGGAUUUCAAUUGGGGACUGACCCCCCCCCCCAAAUCCUAUUUACCGUUACAACCCCUGCCGUUACUUUUGUUCUUUCAUUUCUAUGUACUGCAGUAGUAGAUAGUAUUACUAUUUGGACCAUAGUAGGUGCUAGUCCUUUUUGGACCGUAGUAGUACUCUUUGGCCCAUAGCAGUAUGCAGUACUCUUUGGACUGUGGCAGUACUAUUUGGACCAUAAGUGGUACUAUUUACCUAUAUAUUUAUUUUGUGUUGGUUAUAAUUUAUAUAUUUUUCUAACUAAAGAUGGGAUGUGUAUGAUUUCAGUCAGCUCUAAAUCUCAAUAUAAAUCUUAACUGUCACAUUAAGUUUUGGAUUAGUCUUCUACAUAAACACACUUGAUACUACAAAGCCUCAAUACAGACCAAGCAAGACAAUACAUGUUGGUACUCCCUCCUCUGUAUAGGGGAUGUAGUCUUCGCAUACUAGAGUUAAGUUCAGUUGCCAUGAAACAGCAGAAAGCACUUUGGGGGGGAAAAAAAGGUACUUCCUGAAUUAUUCCCCCCCCCCCCCCCCAGUUUCUUCAAAACUAUUUAUCCUGUUUGUGCCUUCUUAAUGUGACCCAGGAAAGUUAUGUACUAUAUUGAAAUCCUUCCUUCCAUGGCCAGUUUCACCCUGUUCUGUAGCCUAUCUUGACCAAUGCACCAUGUAAUACUGUACUGUAUACCAGCAGAACUUUGAAUAAAACUUUUUUAAUCGUGCAUAUGAAAUUAAAA